AUGUCAGCUCUCCCUGCUAUCAACACAGGAAGUCUUACAACUCAAUUUUUUAGACACACCUUCAAGACCUCUUCUUCUUCAACCUUCAGCAAAGCUCCAUCGCGUACGGUGUCUCAGCUCACCCUAGGUGCACGAAACCUACGCUCUGCGUUUCCAUUUUGCCCAACCGUCAUCGUCAACACUUCUUCCCGCAGCCCCAUUCAAGCUCGAGCCAUGUCUUCCACGGGAGUUCCAUCGCAGAUGAAGGCCAUCCUCGUCAAGGACGGCAAAGGUCCAUCUUCGAGUCUCUACCUCGGCGAGGCGCCCGUUCCAGAGCUCGGCGAUGACGAAGUUCUUGUCAAGAUCAAAGCUUUCGGCCUGAAUCGUAUGGACAUCAUGCAACGUGAGGGCAACUACCCUCUCCCGCCUCACGCGCCUCAAAUUAUGGGUGUGGAGUUUUCUGGUCACAUAAUCGCCACUAAAGGUCUCAAAGACAUUCAGUGGAAGGUCGGUCAAGAAGUCUUCGGUCUUGCUCUGGGAGGAGCUUAUGCCGAAUACAUCAAGGUUCCUGCACGCAUGAUCCUGGAGAAGCCAUCCGAACUGGACUGGGUGCAAGCAGCUGCUAUCCCUGAAAACUACCUCACUGCAUUCCAGGCCUUGAGGACCAUCGCCAGCAUGCAAAAGGGCGAAAAUGUGCUCAUUCACGCAGGCGCCUCUGGUGUGGGUUUGGCUGCGAUCCAGCUCGCACGUGCAUUCGGUGCAGGGAAGAUCUUCAUCACUGCAGGGUCCACGGAGAAGAUUGACUUCUGUAAGCAGAUUGGCGCGGAUGAAGGCUUUAACUACAAAGCCGGCGACUGGUCAGAAGAGCUAGCCAAGCACACUGGUGCCAAAGGACCCGCCGGAUCGGUUGACGUGAUUGUUGACUUUAUCGGCGCACCCUACUUUAAUGGCAACUUGCAAAGCCUGAAACAAGACGGUCGAAUGGUCAUGCUGGCCUUCAUGGGCGGAGCAAAGAUCAAGGAAACCGUCAUUGCACAGAUCCUUUUCAAGCGACUAAGGAUCGAGGGUUCGACACUGCGAUCUCGCACCGUGGAAUACCAGAGUGACUUGGUUCAAGGCUUUGUUCGGGAGAAGGGUCUCGAGCGUCUCAUUUGGGGCGCAAGGAAAGAUGGUGGAGAGGGAAGCAAGCUAGUCAUCCACAAGGUUUAUUCCUGGAAGGACAUCAAGGAGGCUCACGAUGAGAUGGAAGCCAAUAAGAACAUCGGCAAGAUCAUUGUCACUGUUGAUGGCGCUUGA